AUGCGGCCUAUAUCCACAGCAUGGAGGCUGCAGAGGCUGCAGCGGCGUUGCUUCUCGUCCACGCCAAGAAGGUUGGACAAUUACGCCUUCAUCGGCCUGGGCCAGAUGGGUUUUCAGAUGGCCAAGAAUCUACAGGCAAAAUCGUCUCCGAAUGACAGCGUCAGCUUGUUUGACAUCAACCAAGAUGCUGCACAGAAACUGGCUGCGGAGAUGGAGGCUUCCCAAGCCGGAGGUGCAUCCGUUGCCCUGGCUGCCAGCGCAGCAGAUGCCUCUAAAGAUGCUGAUGUCGUGAUCACCGCCCUCCCCGAGCCGAACCACGUUAAGUCUGUCUACACAUCCCUCCUCGAGGCUGAUUUCAGCUCCCGAGCCAGUCCGCGCAUCUUUAUAGACUGCUCCACGAUCGACCCGUCCUCUUCGCACGAGGUGGCUGCGUCGGUCACCAAGGCUUUCCCGAACGGAACAGCUCACUUUGUAGACGCGCCCAUGUCAGGUGGGAUCGUGGGGGCGGCCGCCGGCACUCUCACAUUCAUGCUGGGCGCACCCGCAGAGAUCGUGCCACGGGUUGAGCCCAUACUCCUGCGGAUGGGCAAGACCGUCUUCCACUGUGGCCACCAGGGGACGGGUCUCUCCGCCAAGCUGGCAAACAACUACCUCCUUGCCAUCAACAACAUCGCUACCGCUGAGGCCAUGAACCUAGGCAUACGAUGGGGGCUAGACCCCAAGGUGCUCGCCGGCGUGAUCAACGCGAGCACAGGUCGCUGCUGGCCGAGCGCGGUGAACAACCCAGUCAGGGGUGUCGUGGACAAGGCGCCGGCCAACAGGGACUAUGCAGGCGGGUUCGGGAUCUCGCUCAUGCGGAAGGACCUCGGAUUGGCUAUGGUCGCGGCGCAGGCGGCCGGCGCGAAGCUGGAGCUUGCGGCCGGCGCGAGGACGCUGUACGAGGCUGCUGAGAAAGACGAGGCGUGCAAGGGGAGAGACUUUAGUGUGGUAUAUAGGUAUCUGGGCGGAAAGGAAUGA